CUACCAAAGUCCGAAAAACUGAAAUCCCAAACGUCAACUGCUAUAUCUUUUUUUUAUUUUUUUAUUUUAUUUUUUAACUUUCCUAUAUAUAUUACUUUCCUUUGUGUUCAAGUCAUAAACACACUUUUCUUUUGUUCGAGAGAAACUCAAACACUUCUUCAGAAUUGAUUUUGACAUAGAUAGAUAAAAGGAAGAACAUGGUUUUUGGUGAAGAUACUAUUGCUGAAGAAAUUAUAACAAAAUUAUCGGUUACUGAUGAAAAAGAAGAGGAAAAUAAUUUGUGUAUUUCAUCAAUUGAAAUAUUAUCAAUUGGAUUUUUGAAGAAGAAGAAGCUUAUUGUUCUUGAUUUAAAUGGACUUCUUGCUGAUAUUGUUUUUCCACCUCCAAGGCAUGUUAAACCAGAUGCAUUCAUAGCCAGAAAAGCAUUAUUCGAGAGGCCUUUUUAUUACGAGUUUCUGAACUUCUGCUUUGAGAGAUUUGAAGUGGCUGUGUGGUCUUCAAGAUUGAAGAAAAAUGUUGACAGUGUCAUUGAUUAUUUGAUGGGAGACAUGAAACAAAGGUUGAUUUUCUGUUGGGAUAUGUCUCAUUGUACUGAAACAGCUUUCAAAACUCUUGAGAACAAGCGCAAGCCACUAGUUUUUAAGGAUUUAAGGAAAAUUUGGGACAAGUAUGAUCCGAAUCUUCCUUGGGAGAGGGGAUAUUACAAUGAGUCGAACACAUUAUUGCUGGAUGAUUCUCCUUACAAGGCGCUGCUUAAUCCACCAUACAACUCAAUCUUUCCGCAUACAUUCAGUUAUGAGAGUCAGAAUGACAAUUCAUUAGCUGCUGAUGGCGAUUUACGACAAUAUCUUGAUGGACUGGCAAAUGCUGAAAAUAUGUCGAAGUAUGUAGAACAACAUCCAUUUGGUCAAGAACGUAUCGCUGAAACAAAUGAAUCUUGGGACUUCUACCUCAAUGUUAUCAAUAGUCUUUCUGUUUGUCAACCUGAAAAGUAAAAACAUGGUUUCUUUCAGUUGUAAUAUGAUCAAUUUAGUUAGUCUGCUAUGCUAAACUGCAAGAAUUCUUCAUUUUUGCAUGCUCCUAAUGAGUAUGGUUUUUCUCUUUUUGGAUUUGUUUUACAAGGGCUGAAGAAUUUUGAAAAGAAAUCUGGUUUGUUGAAAUUUUGCAGAUAGUUUGAAAAAUGAAUUUGAAAGAUUUGUUGUGUGAUUACA